AUUAGAAUAAGGAUUAUGUUUAUUAAUCAUACUCAUCUCCAUCAUCUGGAAACUGGCGUCAUUCUCUGUCCUCGCGUGCGCCCGGCGCGUGGGGGUCGCAUGACCUCGUGCAAAAGAGCGCUGGAGACUUCAAAUGGAACUAAAUAAACGAGUCUGACGCCUUGUCAGGCAGAAGGAACAGGAAUACAUGGGAGGUACUGUUCCUCUCACCCUUUUUCCUCGAGGCUCUUUUUGUGCCCAGCUGUUGCCCGGGCCCGGCUGCCUGCUUGGUCUGUUUAUAUAUUGUAUUUCCUUUCUUUUCCAGCUGGCCUUGAAGUCUCACACGUUAUGGUCUUGGAUACCAUGCCUCUCUUUCACUCCAGACGAUACUCCUGGCCGUACUGUGGUGACCCACGGGUCUCUACAGAUCCAGGACCCCCCAAGCAAGGAGUCAGAAACAAAGAACAGCUCGUUUCGCACUCUCCGUUCUCUAACCCAGUCCUCGCGGCAACUCUGUUCGAUCACGAAGACGACGCCGUAUCGGCAGGCAUCGACCGCUCGAAAACAGCUCGAUCCCACCACCAUCACCAUCACCACCGUCUCUGGCCGAACACAGGAAAGGAAGAGAAAUCCUCUCAGGUUGUCUCGACAAUCACAGAAGCCAGCGAGUCCCCCGGCGCAGUGCUACGGCGGAUGAUUCGCCCACCGCUCGAGAAGGCACGGUCUCUUUUCGUGCUGCCUAGCAUGGGUUCGGAGGGAGGAUACAACAACAUGAACAGCGACAAGAAUAAUGAUAAUGAUAAUAAAGUGGUUAUUUCAUAUUGGGUGGAGUCCCAUACACAAGCACAAGCAAAACAGAUGGCCGUGCUCGACCUUGACGAUGACAUGCUGCUUGUGCCCGGGGGAAGAUGGCAUCGACGAUGUCACUCUGAGCAGCCACGGUCGUGGAAAGAGCCGAGUGCGAGUCUCUUUACUUUGGUGGAGGAAGGGUGAUAGUAUCAUUAUUUUUUCUCUUGUUUUCUCUUGGUUCAGUACUAAUCACUCGUUCUAAUACAGAGUAAUAGAUCAUGUAAAC